AAGUUUCUUGCUUGUCCAACGCUUUUGAAAGGCGGUAGUUUGCAGAAAUGGGUGUAGACUCAAAGAGAGUAGAAGCAGAUUCUUCAGCUGUUUCAACCCCUGAAACUCCUUUCAAUCUUACGCUCUCAAUAGGCCCAGUGUUGUUGCAGCCUCUGGAGAUACAUAGAGUUUGUUUGCCACCCCAGAAAACUACAUUUCAGAAACUCAAGCACAGACUGUCUGAGAUUUUCUUCCCUGAUGAUCCUUUCCACAGAUUCAAGAACCAGACUUUUCUCAGGAAAGUGGUUCUGGGUCUCCAUUGUCUUUUCCCUAUACUGCAGUGGGUGCCUAGUUACAGUCUCAGUACUUUUAGAUCUGAUCUCGUCUCUGGACUCACCAUUGCUAGCCUGGCCAUUCCUCAGGGAAUCAGUUAUGCCAAGCUUGCAAACUUGCCUCCUAUAAUUGGACUUUAUUCAAGUUUUGUGCCACCAUUAAUAUAUUCUCUUCUUGGGAGCUCUAAACAUCUUGGUGUGGGUCCAGUUUCAAUAGCAUCCUUGGUCAUGGGCACAAUGCUAAGUGAAACAGUCUCUUCUACUCAUGAAUCAGAUCUCUAUCUUAGACUUGCUUUCACUGCUACCUUCUUUGCUGGUUUGUUUCAAGCUUCUUUAGGUUUGUUCAGGUUAGGCUUCAUAAUUGAUUUUCUUUCUAAAGCGACACUGGUUGGUUUCAUGGCUGGAGCAGCAGUUAUUGUGUCCUUGCAGCAGCUAAAAGGAUUGCUUGGGAUUGUUCACUUCACUAAAAAAAUGCAGAUCAUCCCUGUAAUGUCCUCUGUUUUCGGCCACACAAAAGAGUGGUCCUGGAAAACCAUUGUGUUAGGUUUCGGUUUCCUAAUAUUUCUACUAACAGCAAGGUUGACUAGCUUGAAGAGACCAAAGCUUUUCUGGAUUUCAGCAGCAGCUCCAUUAACUUCUGUUAUUCUGUCAACUCUUUUAGUCUACCUACUCAAAUCUGAACUUCAUGGUGUUUCAGUGAUUGGUGAAUUGCCAGAUGGUCUGAACCCACCUUCAGCAAACAUACUAUAUUUCCAUGGCCCUCAUCUAGGCCUUGCUAUCAAAGCAGGCAUUGUGACAGGGAUAUUAUCACUCACUGAAGGAAUUGCAGUGGGAAGAACAUUUGCUUCUCUGCAAAAUUAUCAAGUUGAUGGAAACAAAGAGAUGAUGGCAAUUGGUCUAAUGAAUAUGGUUGGUUCUUGCUCAUCAUGCUAUGUUACUACAGGGUCAUUCUCCCGAUCUGCUGUAAACUACAAUGCUGGAGCAAAAACAGCCUUUUCAAACAUAGUGAUGGCAGGAGCAGUGCUUGUGACACUGCUAUUUCUCAUGCCACUGUUCUAUCACACUCCAAAUUUAGUCUUAGCAGCGAUCAUCAUUACUGCAGUGAUUGGGUUGAUAGACUACAAUGCUGCAUUUCUGUUGUGGAAGCUUGACAAGCUUGAGUUUUUGGCCUGCUUGUGCUCUUUCUUUGGUGUCUUAUUUAUCUCUGUGCCAAUGGGUCUCGCCAUUUCUGUUGGAGUUUCAGUAUUCAAGAUUCUCCUGCAUGUUACCAGGCCUAACACCGUGGCAUUGGGGAAUAUCCCCGGUACUCAAAUAUACCAAAAUGUCAGUCGCUAUGAGAAUGCUUCAAGAGUUCCAUGCUUCCUCAUCCUAGGCAUUGAAUCUCCCAUCUAUUUUGCAAAUUCAACUUAUCUUCAAGAAAGGAUAUUAAGAUGGGUUUGGGAAGAGGAAGAGAGGCUUAAAGAAAAGGAGGAGAAUCUGAAAUGUGUGGUUUUGGAUAUGACAGCAGUGACAGCCAUAGAUAGCAGCGGUAUUGAUGCUAUAUAUGAACUUAGAAAGACACUGCUGAAUAGAUCAGUUCAGCUGGUGUUGGUAAAUCCUGUUGGAAGCGUAAUGGAAAAGCUCCAUCACUCAAAAAUCCUUGAUUUGUUUGGAACAAACCAACUUUAUUUGACAGUUGGAGAGGCAGUAACUGACAUAUCAUCUUCAUGGAAGGCUUAGCCUCACCAUAAGCGGAGAAUAGAUUGAUUUUCAACAAGAAUCUACACUCUGUGCCUCAAGAGUGUACGAUGGAGAUUUCUGAAAAAUUCUCAUCCUGAGCUGACUUGUGGUUUGUAAACUAUCCCUCACUCUCAAGUUGGUGUGAUGUCCCAAGUGUCUACCAUUUAAAUGUAUGAUAUUUUAAAUUUGCUGCCUAAUUCCACUUGUGGAUGGAAAUAAAUGUGGGUGAUGGCAGAUUCUCCUCUUUUUUUU